ACACAAGAAGCAUUUGGCCUGAAAAUGUUUGAAUGUUUGUGUCAGGUGAAACGGUAAUUCAAACAUGCUAAAGCCCAGUCCUCACAUCAUUAUCUUUCUGUCUAAUCCCACAUAGCGGUAGCCAGGAGGACGCUUCUUUUAAAACAACAACAUUGAUAAAGACGUUGACACUGCUCUCAUAGGCUACUACUACACUACACACAAACUGCCCUGGGUUACAGUAAACUUGUGCCAUAAUGCCUCCACAUUUUUAUCAUGUAGUUGCCUUGGACCUGUCGUGUUGAAAGGCAUGCCAGCACCGAACUUACACUUCAGUGAGUGUUCUGGGCUGUGUCCCGCCUGUAUGCCGAAUCACUCUCGAACACGCCCCUAUACUAAAUGGAAAAGGUAACGUGAGCAACUUAAUGUUUUUUAACCAUCCUCCUCUCAACUCUCUGUGAACUGCUUGGCCGCUUCAUAACGGGGUUCCGGAAAGUUCUUCAACCCAACCAUGUCUUGUUUACACAAAAGUCCCAAAAGGACAAAAUCUCAAGAGCAAGUAUACCAAGAGCAGAGCAAAAAGGUAGCACAGGAGAAUGGAAAACGGAUAGGGUUAGAGGGAGAUGCAGACCUGGAGUUCCUUUUGGUGGGAGGAGAGCUGCAGAAGGUGCGCUCCAACUCCUGGAAGAAAAAUCGCUUCUACAAGCUGCAGGAGGACUGCAAGACCAUGUGGCACGAAUCACACAAGACCUUCAAGAGCAGACAGACAUUCUCUAUAGAUGACAUCGAGGCGGUGCGUGCGGGUCGCCAGUCUGAGGGCCUUCAGAAGCACACCAGUGCGAGCGUGGAGGACCUGUGUUUCUCGAUCGUGUUUAAGGGUCGGCGUAAGACGCUGGACCUGAUGGCUGCCUCGGUGGAGGAGGCGCGGCGCUGGGUCUCCGGUCUCCAGAAGAUCAUCACCAACAUGGCCAACCUCUCCAAACAGAAGACCAGCGAACACUGGAUCUUCAAUUGCAUGCGUAAGGCGGAUAAGAACAAGGACAACAAGAUGACCUUGAAGGAACUCAAGCACUUCCUGCAUCAGAUCAACAUUGAGGUGGACGACACCUACGCUGAGAUGCUCUUCAAGAAAUGCGACCAGUCCAACUCGGGGUCCCUGGAGGGGGCGGAGAUUAAGCACUUCUAUGACCUGCUGACCUCUAGAGAGGAGAUCGACGUGAUCUACGCGAAAUACGCCAAGACGGGCGGACUGAUGAGCAGCACCAACCUGCUGGACUUCCUGCUCAACGAGCAGAGAGAAUCCGUCUCAUUGGAGCAUGCCGAGAAGCUCAUCGACAAAUACGAACUCGAUGAAACUGCCAAGCAGAGCAAGCAAAUGACAAAAGACGGCUUCCUGAUGUACCUGCACCAGGAGGAGGGGAUUAUCUUUAACCCUGCCCACAAUGAAGUGUUCCAGGACAUGACGCAGCCAAUCAACCACUACUACAUAAGCUCCUCCCACAACACAUAUCUGAUGGAGGACCAACUCAAAGGGCCCAGCAGCACUGAGGCCUAUAUACGGGCGCUGAUGAAGAGUUGUCGGUGUGUGGAGUUGGACUGUUGGGACGGCCCCAACGGAGAGCCGGUGAUCUACCACGGCUACACGCUGACCUCCAAGAUCCUCUUCAAGGACGUCAUCAAGGCACUCAAGGAGUACGCCUUCAAGACAUCAGAGUACCCAGUGAUCAUCUCCCUGGAGAACCACUGUACCCUGGAGCAGCAGGUUCUGAUGGCCCAGCACAUGACCUCCAUCCUGGGGGAUGCACUGCUCGCACACCCCCUGGGGGACCAGAUGCCCACACACUUCCCCUCUCCAGAGGAGCUGAAGGGACGCUUCCUGGUUAAGGGAAAGCGUUUGAAUAAGCUGGACGCGGCGUUCAACAACAACAGCAAUGUGGAGGAUGACAGCGUGUCGGAGGAGGAUGAGGCGGCUGACUGCAAGGAGAACGGACACAAGAGCAAGAAGUCUAAGAUCAAGCUGGCCAAGGAGCUGUCUGAGCUGGUCAUCUACUGCAAGAGCGUCCACUUCAGCGGCUUCGAACACGCACGGGACUGUCAGGCUUUCUAUGAGAUGUCCUCCUUUAAGGAAGGAAAAGCUGUCAGCCUGGCAGACACAUCAGCCACUGCGUAUAUCCACCACAACAUGGACAAGCUGAGCCGGAUCUACCCUGCCGGCUCCAGGACGGACUCUUCCAACUACAACCCAGUUCCCCUCUGGAAUGCCGGUUGCCAGAUAGUGGCGUUGAACUUCCAGACGCCGUCUAAGGAGAUGGACCUGAACCAGGGGCUUUUCCGUGCCAACGGGAUGAGCGGCUACGUGCUGAAGCCGGAGUUCCAGAGGGACCCCGCCUCGCAGUUCGAUCCCAAAACAUUGCAGAAGGGGCCCUGGCUCACCAAGAAGAUGCUGCACCUCAUGGUGAUAUCUGCUCAGCAGCUGCCCAAGCUGAAUAAGGACAAGUGUAAGUCCAUUGUGGACCCACUGGUCAGAGUGGAGAUCUAUGGAGUCCCAGACGACAACGCUACCAAGGAGACACACUACAUACAAAACAACGGUUUCAACCCCAUGUGGAAUGAGAACUUCCAGUUUGAGGUGCGGGUUCCGGAGCUGGCUAUGCUGCGAUUCGUCCUGGAGGACUACGACACCACCUCCUACAACGAUCUGAUUGGCCAAUACUGCCUGCCAUUCACCAGCCUGCAGAUGGGUUACCGCCACGUCCCGCUGCUGACCAAGAGAGGAGACCUCAUCCCCUCGGCUGGCCUCUUUGUGCAUGUCAUGGUCCUGGACGCAGAGUAGACCGCCAGUAGACCGCCCGGGACAAAAGUCACCUGAAAGAGCCCACCACUUAAUAUUUUCAAUGUAAUGAGGACCCAAUUCUGGGCCCCCUCUUUUCCUGGGCCAGGGACAGCUGACCCGUUCAUCCCCCACCCUUUUGGCUUCCCUCUUGACCACCAGCUGCUGGAUGCAGAGUAGACUAGUGCCUACACCUCCGCCCAAUUAGCCUGGGCGAGAGCCGACUGUUGACUCCGUCAAGCUAAGAGGAAUCUGUCUCUGUGGAGGGUUGGAGAGAUGGUCUGAUCUUACGCUGCCAUUUAAAUUCAUUGGAGUUCUGAAUUCAAAUUAAAACCCAUAUUGUGCUUUGCUAGCAUGACUGUUACGAUAUAGCGUCGCAAAAGCAUACAAAUAAUAAAACAAAAGUGUGAAUAGUGUUAGCUUAACCAACCAGUAACGGCCAUUGCGGGUGAGUUCUGCUUCACUUCUCUCAACUGUUUUCUGAUUGACUAAACAGUGAGCGAACCGAGCUGGGAGGCUUUACCAGAUUAGGUGCGGAGCCAAAAUCUUUGAGUGGAGUACAUAGGAUGGCUCUGGACGCAGAGUAGACUGCAACCUGCUGGAUGCAAAGUAGACCACCACUUAACACUGCAGGAGCCCCUCCAAAAUAAGGUGGGCCAUGUCCAUGGUCUAUUCUUUAAAAAAAAAAAAAAGCACGACAUUUGAAAUCAAAAGCUACGAUUACAUUUAUGGGCGGAAUGGUCCUGGACACAGUUAGUAUUUACUCCAAAUGCCUAAUCAAUGGUUCUGACUGGAGUGAACGUGGACUUACUGUACACCUCCAUAUAAGUAUCCAAAGGCCCCAUGGUUACGCUACAGUCUGAGAGGUACUUGGGCUCUACAUCUCUCUACAUCUUUAUAUCCAGCCCAAGUACCUCUCUCAAGAGACAAUCAGAUCAUGAUGUCUAAUGAUGCUUAUGAUGUCUCAUAAUGCAUCUUAUAAUGUUUUAUAAUGUCAGUUGUCAUACUCCAGUCCCAAUUAUUUCUCUAGACUCACCCCCUACAAAUAAUGUUCAUCCUUCAUGUCCAUUUCCACCUCCAUAGAACCCAUCCUCAGGCCCAAGCAGCUAUCAGAUGUGCCUUAAUGACUGUUUUUAUACCAUCAGAAAGGCAGAACUGUUGUUUGCUUUAAGAUGAGAAUCCUGAGUGGAGUUUGCGGUAAAUUGUGUGUACCUUACUGAAACAUCAACACACAGAGGACUCCUCAUGUUCAUAAAGAGUUAAAAGAACAACGUCCUGUUGUUCAGGAAAUCCGAAUGUGAAAAGAACCAGAAAUAUACAAAAUAUCCCCUUUAGGGAAGUGUGAGAAAUAGAAGAGAGAUUUUACUGAAGACAACAGGACACCUGGGUGUGUCUGGCCUGGCUAGCUCUGGAAUAGUUUUGUCAGAUUGAAAUGAUAUGUAGUAUAUAUUGUAAAGCUUUAAAUUUUCAUUUUAAAGGGUGAAUAUGGCAGGGGUGGGUUAGACUUAAGUGUGUUUAGAAUGAAAGUGGCUUAAGAUUUAACAGGUGGUGCAUAUUAUUUUAAGAAGCCUUACGCAUGUUUUAUAUCAAUAUUGUGUGUUUUUAUGAUUGUUUUUUUUCUGUUGGAAUGGGGGGGAUGGGGGCGUCAAGGCCAAACUACUAACAUCAGAGGCCCACACGAAACCACAUGACAUCACAUAGGCAGACUCAGCGCUUUUCCAAUCAGAUGGAUGAACUUUGGCCUUCAUCCUGUCAGUGUGUUUGUGUGUGUGUGUGUGUGUGUGUGUGUGUGUGUGUGUGUGUGUGUGUGUGUGUGUGUGUGUGUGUGUGUGUGUGUGUGUGUGUGUGUGUGUGUGUGUGUGUGUGUGUGUGUGUGUGUGUGUGUGUGUGUCAUGUGCUGCCCCUCCCCAUAUAAACAGCAUGCAUUUAUGAAUGCUUAUUAGAGUCCAUGAGUAUGUGGUCUAUUUGAGGUAAAGAUCAUAUUUGUUGAUUACAAUAUUGCCCUCUUGUGUGCGUGGCUGGUAAUGCUUCUGCAAUGGGAUGUCCGACUGGACUCGCUGGGUCCUUAUUCACACUACUUAUAUUAGUAUUCGUGUAAAAUCGAAAACAUUUUUUGAAACUAAAAUAAACUCCCUUUUGACAAAAGGGGAAACUGACAUUGCACAAUAUUUGCAUUCAUUACCAUUUGUCUAUUUAAUGUUUUAUUAUGUUACGCUGAACAGCUGAUGGACUAACCUGUGCGUGUUUGUAUUGAGGAGUGAUGUUGUCAUGGUUAUCAGAAUAUAAACAUUUGUAUACAUUUAAAGCUUUUGGUGUUUUCCAGCUGUGUUUUAUAUUUGUUUUCAUCAAGUGUGUCAUGUUUGGGAGUUGUGUGUGUGUAAGGACUUUAUGUGAAAGGACUCUGUACUUCACAUUGCAUUAGUGCAUCAAUGACAUUUGUGUUUAAUAUGAAAUGAGAUCUUGUACACGCUUCUUAAUGUAGUAAUCUAUAGGUGUAUAAAGUAGAAGUACAGUACAAGUACAUUUUAUGAUGUAGGCUACAUGAUAUUAUAUAGUUGUUACUCCAGUUAUUCCACUGGACCACAUGAGAACCUAACGAGGGUUUUGAUAUUUCUUCUAGGUCUACAUCUACUUCAUACACCUCCGCUUAGCUGUCAUAUUGUAUGAGGAAGUAGUUUGACAUGACCUGUUAAUUGUGUCAGCAAAUAUUGGAGGGUUUCUGUCCGCAGAAGUCACAAGUCUUACCAAUUCAUACUGUUGUUUUACAUAUUAUGUGACGGAAGAUGUUUCAUUUCAGCCCCUUAGGAAAGCCGUUGUGCCUUUUUGCGAGAGGACGCAAAGGUCUGUUGUCCCAGAUUUUUUUUUUUUUAAUGCUAUAACUGGUCCUAUAUGUUCUUUGUAUCUUUUGACUGAUUGAUUAUCAGUGAUAUUUGCCUUUACUACAGUAAUAGACAGACUAGGCAAUUGUCUAGAGCCACACCACAUUUACCCUAGGGUGGUAAAUGCCAGCAAAAAAACACCAAGAGGGCCCCACGUCUUUAUUUUGACUAUACGGCCCCCAAAUGGGUAUCACCGGUGCUGAUAUCUGUUGCUUUGAUAAAUGUUUGUCAGCAUUUGAAAGGGCAAGACAUUAAAGAGAAACUAUGUCAUUCCUUUACACCAGGUUUGAAAAUGUCUUGCCUGUCAGGAGGGUAUUCAUCUUUUCUGUUGUCAAUGUUAUUACUGUUAAUAUUGUCUCCGUCUACAUAAAUGUCAUGUAUAUUGUAAUAACAUGUUUCAGACUAUGAUAAAUAAUGUGCUAUGAUGAUGUGGUGGUGUCUGUGUGAUAGUGUCGCCACUCAGGGUGACCUGGGAAGUAUUCCAAAAACCUGGUUCAGAAGUAGGCAGGUUAAGUUAAUCUUGUGGUAGUUGUAAAUCAUGUAAUAGCAGAGCCUUUACUCAUCAUUUUCAUAAUUAAAUGACAAAUGUGUGCUGUCUAUUACCAGGUUUAUGGCUUCCUGUAGGUUAACUUUGCCAGAUUUAUCACUUCACCAUGUUCUUGGAAUACCCCCUACCUCCGCUGAUCAUGGACAACUUCACCAUGCUGCAGAUGCUUUUAAAUAAACAGAUAAUAAUA